AUGGAACCCGUGUUUGUGAAAAGCUUGUAUCAUAGCCCCUCGUUAAAAAUUUUGAGCCGCCUGGACCCACCCAACAAUCAACAAAUCUUUUUCCCUUUUCCAAUCACCUUCACAUCAACUCCCGGAUCCGGCACUUUCGAUCCUUAUAACAAGGCAAAGAUGCCCGAAACACCAGACCCCGACACGACCCCGGCCUCAAACCCACUCCCCCCUCCAUCUGCAUUUCUCCACACCCCCGAAUCAAUACCGUACUCAUCCUCGCCGUCGAUAAUCCACCUAAAACGGGACCUACUUGUCCCCCUCUCCUUCCAAUCCAACGGCGCUCAGGCGGAAACCCAUGACGCCCGCGCCGCAGCCUACAGCUCCAAAGGCGUGCUAAACACCCGCUUCGGCGACUUCCCGCACUCCUCUAUCGUCGGAAUACCCUACGGGAGUCAGGUCCGCGCCGCACCGCGAACGAACAAUGAACAGAACCGGAAGCGCAAGCGGAUGGAGGACGCUGAUGAGGGAGAAACUGCCGAACCUGUAUCUACGGGGUUCAUACAUGUGCUUGCGCCGACGGCGGAAUUGUGGACUGCUAGUCUGCCGCAUAGAACGCAGGUUGUGUACAUGCCUGAUAGUUCAUUUAUCUUGCAUAGGUUACAGGUCCGGCCUGGGUCGGUGCUAAUUGAGGCAGGAGCUGGAAGUGGGAGUUUUACACAUGCCGGAGUUCGUGCGGCGUACAACGGCUUUGAGUUCCAUAAAGAGCGGGUGCAGAAGUUGACGGAUGAGAUUGAGAGGCAUGGACUUGACGGGUUGGUGGAGAUUGUGCAUCGGGAUGUUUGUAAGGAUGGGUUUUUGGUUAAGAGGAUGGUAGGUGAGGAAGAGGAGGAUAUUUCCCCUGAAGCCACCGCCGUCUUCCUUGACCUUCCGGCCCCUUGGCUUGCAUUACCACACCUCACUCGCCGGGCACGCCCAACGCCUUCAUUACCGACCUCUACGGGGCUCACCCCGUCCCCUUCGCCUGGCCCCACAACGAGUGUUGGGAAGAUCGGCGAAGCAGUCAGAAUUUGCACCUUCUCGCCAUGUAUCGAGCAGGUGACUCGAACAGUCAAUGUGCUGCGCAAACUCGGCUGGGUGGACGUUGAGAUGGUCGAAAUCCAACACCGCCGCAUAGAAGUCCGCCGAUUGAACCCGAAAGGCUACGAAGAUGGUGCGGGCCCACGAACAGUCGGAGAGGCGGUUCAGAGAUUGAAAUGGAUCGGCGAAUACCGCGAACACAAACGCAAAAAGAAUCCGGCGGAUUCUACUAUCACAACCCAACAAAAUCCGACCGAAGCGUGGAAGACACAGAAUAGCCGCGAGAAGAAGGGUGCAAAGGAUGGCAAGAUUGUCACAAGGAUCGAACCGGAGAUCAAGAGCCACACGAGUUAUCUUGUUUUUGCUGUGUUGCCUAGGGAAUGGACUGUGGAGGAUGAGGCUGCCGCGCAGGCACUAGUGAAACAGACAACUAAGAGUGUUGUGAAUGCUCCGGUUGAUGGUAAUCUCAAGGGCAAUGGGAAACUCAAGUGGAAAGGGGAGACGGAGGAAAGGCCCAUAAGUAAACGCCAGAUCAAAAAGGCGGAAAGAGAGAAGAGAAAGGCGGCGGAGAGAAGGCUCAAGGGAGAGGAAGCAGUAGAGGAUAAAAGCGGUCCACCAGCCAACGAGGGAGAGGGAGAGGAUGUCCCAGGCACGGAAUGUGGAAAUGAUGAAACCGAGGUUGCUGGGUAGUGGUCUGAUUGGGCCUGGUGUAUUAUAAUCGUUAGAGUAGAGCUGUAACAUAGCUUGUACGCCUUAGCACCAGUUAAUCAACGUAAUGACCCUGUAA